AAAAGGGACCCUGGAUUUAUGCCUUUUUUGGGGGGUGAGACAAACAAACAAAUAGACAAACAAACAAACAAAACUGUGGAAGGGGGAGGGUUUCUCCUCCUGCUUUGCCCAGCAGCAGCAGCAGCAGCAUGGACGUGUUGGCUAGUUAUAGUAUAUUCCAGGAGCUGCAACUUGUCCACGACACCGGCUACUUCUCAGCUUUGCCAUCCCUGGAGGAGAACUGGCAGCAGACAUGCCUCGAAUUGGAACGCUACUUGCAGACAGAGCCCAGGAGGAUCUCAGAGACUUUUGGUGAGGACUUGGACUGUUUCCUUCAUGCCACUCCUCACCCGAGCAUUGAGGAAAGCUUCCGGCGCCUAGAUCCCCUCCUGCUCCCCAUGGAAGCAUCCACGUGUGAAAAAAGCUCUGCGGUGGACAUUCUGCUCUCCCGGGACAAGUUGCUGUCUGAGACCUGCCUCAGCUUGCAGCCUCCAAGUUCCUCCUUAGAUAGCUACACAGCAGUCAACCAGGCCCAGCUCAAUGCAGUGACCUCAUUAACGCCUCCUUCCUCCCCCGAGCUCAGCCGCCAUUUGGUUAAAACCUCACAGACUCUCUCAGCUGUAGAUGGCACGGUGACAUUGAAACUGGUGGCCAAGAAGGCCUCGCUUAGCUCAGUAAAGGUGGGAGGGGUGGCAGCCGCAGCCGCAGUGGCAUCAGCUGGGGCCAUAAAGAGCGGACAGAGUGACAGUGAACAAGGAGGGAUAGGGGCUGACGCAUCCCCUGAAAACAAGAAGAGGGUUCACCGUUGUCAGUUUAACGGGUGCCGGAAGGUUUAUACAAAAAGCUCCCACUUAAAGGCCCACCAGAGGACUCACACAGGUAGUGAGAAGCCUUAUAAGUGUUCGUGGGAAGGGUGUGAGUGGCGUUUUGCACGAAGUGACGAGCUUACGAGGCAUUACAGGAAACACACGGGUGCAAAGCCCUUUAAAUGCAACCACUGCGACAGGUGUUUUUCCAGGUCUGACCACCUUGCCCUCCAUAUGAAGAGACAUAUCUAAAUAACCUAAUGACCAGAGGAACUCCAUGGCACCGGCUAUUGUCUAAAGGAAGAAUCUUUAGACAGGGGGCUGGAAUUUGGUCAGAACUUUGCUGCCUUGCAGAAGAGAAAAAGAGAGAGUUCUCAGAUAUAAACCUCUGUGUACACACGUGCGCGCACACACACACACACACACACAUGCACACACGCACACGCAGUCAUGCGCUCAACUAUACUCAAGAUAUCUACGUCUGUUCUUUAUGCCUUGCCCUAGCCAGAUGGUAGAAGAUGAUGAAGAAUCCCGGUGAACUCUCAGCAAGGCAGAAAGGCUGCCUACUUCAGCGCUAUCAGAAUUGCAUCCCGCUGUUGGCAAUGGAAUUCAAAGAAAAUGGAUGUGACUUCUCUGCAGGUGGACGGCAGCAGUAAGAGGGACUUAUUUAACUUGCUUCUCAAUGCAACUUGAUAGGAGAAUACAUCAUCUUAAAGUUGCAUACUUGUAGCACUAACUUGUCUUCUUUUUAAAUGGUUGGGGGAAAAAAUGACCUAGAAAACCAAAUCCCAGUUUGGUAGCCAAAAUUAACCUCUUGGUUCAUUUGUCCUUUGUGUCAGAAAAAUCCCAAUAUUCAAAGCGUCAGACUUCCUCACAGACCUUUUGAUCUGUUUUGGUUCUUCAUAGGACUGAGCUAUUGAGAUCUUUUCAAGUCCGUACCAAUGGCCUUAAUGGCAGUAGACUGUGGAAUGACACCUUACACUUUCUGGCCUGCGUUCGUGUAGACUUCGUGAAGGAGGAAUUUUCUUUUCUUACUUUUUGCACACCAUAUGCACUAGGGAUUCUGGAAACUUCUAGCAUGACUACAAAGUGGCCAAGAGAAUAAAACCCUUGAAAAAAAAAUCACAGUGUAUACCUUUGGCCUCACCUUAUUGCCAUAGCUAGAUUUUUUCUUUUUAAUCUCUCUGAUUUUGCUAAUGAAAACUUGAAAAGCUUAUUUGGAAGCUUAAAUGUUUUAUCUUUUCUCCAUGGACUAAAACCUCUAGAACUAUCUCAUCACCUGGAUGCCCGAAUCUCGGAGUGGCCAAUCAGAUGUGACAUCACACUUCUUAUAUCCUCCUUGGGGGCGUGCUGGCCUCAGCCCAUGGUGAUCAACAAAUUGUGUUGUGUGUUAUUAUUGCGACCCUACUAACCAGUUACAGCAUAGAUGUCUCUAGCCUCAACAGGCAUCUGUGUCUUUAACCUAACUUUGGGUUAUGACCUGACAAAAAAAAAAAAAAA